AAUAUAUUUACAAUUUAUUACUUACCUUUUGUAUAUAACUUAUUAUUUUUUAUUUAUAUUUUUUUAUUUUUUAUAAUUAAAGGUUAUCAUUAAAAUGGUUAAUGUUCCAAAGACUAGAAAAACCCUCUGCACUGGAAAGUGCAAGAAACAUCAGCUUCAUAAAGUCUCUCAAUACAAGAAGGGAAAGGACAGUGUCCAUGUCCAGGGUAAGAGACGUUACGAUAUGAAACAAAAGGGUUUCGGAGGUCAGACAAAACCAAUUUUCCGUAAAAAGGCAAAAACUACAAAGAAAAUUGUUCUAAAACUCGAAUGUACUGUGUGUAAGAAGAAGCAUUUUGCUAAACUUAAGAGGUGCAAGAACUUCGAGCUAGGUGGUGAUAAGAAGACCAAGGGCGCAUCAUAUUAAGCUAAAUCACCUUAAACCAACCCUUUGAAGCUAAUUUGGUUUUCAAAUAAA